AUGACGGCGCUGUCCACAAACUGGAAACAGCUGCAAGAGGAAUUGAAGCAGGAGAAGGCAACGUCGAUGGAUAAAGUUAAUGAAAAUAAAAAUAUCAGUUGUAAGCGUAAAAGAAUGGCUCGAUUAGCUAGGAAGAAAGCGAAACGGCAGCGAUUUAACAAGGAAAGUGGAGGUGUUGGUUCGGAUAGUUCACCUUUAGAUGUUACAGAAAAUCGGCAACAACAGGAAGGCGAGUUGACGAAUGCGCUUGGAAUAGACUGUGAAUAUGUUGGUGUUGGCAUGGAUGGGAAGGAUAAUAUGCUUGCAAGAAUUUCAAUCGUUAAUAUGGAGGGGCAAUGUGUGUACGAUAAGUAUGUGUUACCAAGAGAAAAUAUAGUCGAUUAUCGUACGGCAGUGAGCGGCAUCAGGCCUAUUAAUUUAGUAAAUGGAGAAUCAUUCCAAAAAGUUCAAUCAGAGGUGCAUAAAUUGCUCAGCGGUCGAAUUGUUGUUGGACAUUCUCUUAAGAAUGAUUUCAAAGUUCUAAAUCUUUCUCAUACGCGCAGGAUGACGCGAGAUACCGCUACGUAUUUGCCGUUCCGUAAAAUUUUGAAUGUAUCAAAAACUCCAUCAUUGAAAUUACUGGCAAAACAGCUGUUAGGUAUCAAUAUUCAGAGCGGGGAGCAUGAUUCAAUCAUUGACGCACGCGUCGCAAUGCGGUUGUAUGUUUUGAAUCGGAAACAAUGGGAAAAUUAUAUGCAACGGUUUGGCAACCGGCGAUAA